UUAAUAAAAGAGGCAGACUUGUUUUUCACACAAACUAAAAGAAGCACUAUGGAAACAAAAAAGAAAAGUAGUCUGUUGCCCAACGCAUCUUCUCGAGCAAUGCAUAAGUUAGUCUCAGGACUUCAUCCUGUCAGCCAAGGCUCAAGACACAUGUUGAGCUUCACUGGUUCACACAGCCGAAGAAGUUCCAUCAUGGCCGGUGGCAGCAACAGGAGACACAGGACCCUGGAGAAGACCACCGAGGAAGCCCCCAGGAGAGUAAAGGUGUUGGACGAUCAUGGCCAUGACGUCGCUCCUCAGCAAGUGAAUGAAGCAGAGCCAGGAGACAUGAAGGCCAAACCAGACAGAAUCAUCCUGGACGAAAUCUUUUCCAGCUCAGGAUCGGACCAUUUUAAAUCCACUUCAAGCUUCAGUGUGCAUGCUUUCAGCUCAAUUUGGAGUAGCACCCUUCCUUCUAGCCAGUCUACCUCAGCGUCACUGACUGAGGAUUGUUAUUAUAAACGGGACAUACCAAUAAACCCUCCCGCUACAAGCGAUGUGCCUAGGAAAGGAGACAAUGUCAAACACGUUGUGACCGAGGAGAUGUUGGAUGAGGAAGUUUACGUCUGCCUCUCUGAGACAGAAAUCAUUUCACUGCUGGAAAUCCCCUGCACCUUCAUGUCAGAGGACGCUGAUGAUGCAGAAGCUAUGAAAGAAAAAAACACCCAAUAUGCUGAGCUCUGCAGGAACAGAAUGGGUAACGAUAAGUAUGUGGAACGAUCGAUGCAGACAUCCAAUGGGACAACAAAAAAGAUACGGAUCCAGACUGACAAGAUUGAGAUGAUAGAUGAAGGCACGAUGGCUUCUAUCUGGGACAUCUAUGACUCUUUCUGCGUCCAAAAUGAAACCCAAAAAAACGAAAAGGCAGACAACACAGAAACAGCUGUGAACACCAUCAAAGGUCAAGAGAAGAGAUCAGAGAAGAGCAGCAGCAGCACAGUCUGCACAGGCAGCACAGUUAGCUCAGCGUUAGAAUUGGAAAUGAGCGAGAACAGUUCAAACACGGAGGCUAACUCACAGCUGAUCCUGUUGUCAGAGACGUUUGAAAAAAGCUUAUUAGUGAUGGAGAGGAUCGUCUUGACAAACGUCUUUCAACCCAGGCUGGCUGCUUACAGACAGCUGCCCAUACUAGAAGACCCUGACAGCACAGUGAAGCCUGGGAUAGAGGAACAGAGCGACGGGGGUGAGGGGAGCUCUUCAUCUCCAACUCUUGAGCGUCUCUGGGCUUUCAGCUGUGAACUCACCAGAGGACACAACAUCACCUGCAUGGCCUGGAACAAGGACAACCAGGAUAUUCUGGCAGUGGGAUACGGUGACUGUGACCCCGAGGCCCAGACGCCAGGUCUGAUCUGCUGCUGGUCCCUCAAAAACCCCACGUGGCCGGAGCGAGUCUUCCAGUGUAAGUGUUGUGUGACGUCUCUGGAUUUCUCUGCCAAUAACCCCGGCCAGCUGGCUGUGGGGAUGUUAGACGGCACUUUAGCCAUCUACAAUGUCCAGAGGAGGAACGUCACAUGUAUCACCGACAGCAGUGAAUGUCACAAAAAGCACCUGCACCCAGUGUGGCAGGUCCGCUGGUCCAAACAGGAGAUGGCGCUCUCAGGCGAGGACAGGGUGGAGGCUCUGGUUGCUGUGUCGGCAGAUGGCAGGGUCACCAAGUGGCUCCUCUCCAGCAAUGGUCUCGACUGCAUAGACCUGAUGAAGCUAAAGAAGAGUCAGAAGUUGAAGAAAGCUGCGGAAAACAAGAAGAAGACAGAACGCAUUAUUUCAGCCAUGACUCCUGGUUUCUGCGUGGACUUCCAUCCCAAAGACUCCAGUAUCUACCUGGCCGGCACAUCGGAGUGCCUCAUCCACAAGUGCUCCGUCUCCAACAGUCAGAACGUCCUCCACACUUACAAAAAACACUUUUGCCCUGUGAACCAUGUUGAGUGGUCUCCUUUCAGUCCUGAUGUGUUCCUCAGCUGCUCCUCUGAUUGGACCAUCCAGCUGUGGAAGCAGGACUGCUCCGACCCGGUGAUGAGCUUCAAAUCCACCCAGAGGGCCGUGUCCACCGUCAGGUGGUCCCCAAACUCCUCCACCGUAUUUGCAGCCAUUAACGGCGAGAUGGUGGAGAUCUGGGACUUGAAUUUGAACAUCAUGCUCCCAACCGUCGUGCACCGUGCUGCCGUGGCUGUGACGUCCCUGCUGUUCGCCUCAGGGACAGACUGCGUGUUGGUGGGGGACACUGAGGGGGAAGUGACCGUCUACCAGCUAAAGAACCUCGGUGUGGGAAGAGACAAGCAGGUGGAAAGUUUGGAAGACACCAUUAGCUUUGUGGUUUCCAGGUAGCUUUAGAAAGUGGGCUCUUAAACUGCCAUAUUUAUAUUAUCAAACAGUAUAAUUGUAACACUAGCAGAACAUUUGUGUUAUACUAUUUAAUGCUAUUUUGUUAGUUUAUUUAUAAUAUAUUUUGUAAAUUGAAGGAAAGUCUAGAAAGGUAUAAAAUACAUGUUUAAUUCAAUAUCUAUACAUUGUCAUAUCUUUAUCAACAAAACAAAUGCAAAGGAUAACAAUCUAUAAAAUGCCAUUUCAGCUGAUGGAAAAUAAAAUACAAAUGUUUUUGAAAAAGAUCUGUAGAGACAUAUUUUAGGGAUUCUUA